AUGGGCUGGUUCGAUGACAACUUCGACAAUUUUCUCGGUCACCACUAUGGCAUCGGCAUGUUUGGAGCGGACAUAGGAGAUGACUGCGACAUGGACGAAGGGGAGUGCGUCAACUGCGGUAAAAAGGGCAUGAAGUUUGAAUCUGCCGUGGACAAGGGGAUCGACUGGGGCUUGUACACAGGUCACCCCGAUGCUAUUCGCACUUGCAACAAGUGCAAGAAGGACCACAAGUCUUGCAUGACUGAAGUUAUGGCUGUGAAGAAAUACAAGGUCCUGGGCCAGAGCGGUGCCUUUGGGAAGCUGCGACAAGAAGGAAGGUACUUCACCCAGAAACCCGAGGCUAUGGGCAUGCAGUGCCGCAAGAGUACCUACUUCUGGGUGGUGGACUUGGAAGAAGCAGCAGCAAAACUCGGCUGGCAGCCCAAGGAGAACUCCAAAGCGAUGCCGAAGGAAAGCACCCAAGCAACAAAACGAACCGCAAGUGUUGCUGGGAUGCUGGGGUUGCCAAAGGCCAAAGCUCAGGCUGCUGUUAAUGCAGACGGGAAGCCGGUGCGGAGGAAGCGGUGGGACUUCUCCGAUCGUCCUCCAAACUGCCGAGCGGGGUCUUGCUUGACUGCCGCCGCACGACGCGGGGACACCGCAGAAGUGAAGUCAAUCGUGGAAGAGCGCAUCGGCAAAGGCUUCUUGCACUACCCCGACUUUCUGCUGAACUACUGCGCCAAGUACCACGAGGUUGACUACAAGAUGGGUGGGUACACGAAGGAGUGGGACUGGUUCAAGUACACUCCAGUCGUGGCUGCGGCCAAGAACGGUCAUAUUGAAUGUGUGCGGGUGUUGCUGCUCAAUGGAGCCUGCCCAGUCUUGCAGUGCUGCGAGAUCGACGACGUUUGCGAGGAUGCCUUGCAA